CGUAUUCCCAUCUACAAUCUGUUUGUUUAAGGGUAUAUAGAGAUUCCUAACCUAGGAGAAAAGAUUGAAUUUAAAGUUAGGAAUAGUGCCGCAAACACGUGAUUCACAGUUUCUAUUAACCGUUAAUUGUUUUAUAUUAAUCAAUCGAAUAGUUUAAUUGAUAUAAGACGUAAUAAUGGCGUAUAAAAUACUGGCAGAUCCUGCAACUCCUCCAAUAGGUGCCAUGAUAAUGGUAGAAGUGAUGCGUUCUAGUGGAAUGACUAAUAUUGAGGUCUCAUGGAUGAAUGAUUCCAAAGGAUCGACAAAUGUAUGUUUGGUUAAUGAAAGUGGAAGCCCCAUUGGUCAUAGCAGUAAUGAUAUUAAUCGUUACUUUGCCAGAGUGGCAGAUAUAAAUCUUUAUGGUGGCAACGAUGCAAGGGAAAGAACCGAAGUGGAUCAUUGGUUAUCUUAUGCAAUUGGUCCCUUAGAAUGUCAUCGUUCUAUUAAAGAUUCACUUGAUUAUCUAGAACGAGCUCUAAUGAUGAAAACUUGGUUGGCUUCUAAGAAAUUUACCAUUGCUGAUAUUGCUGUAUUUUCUGCUCUAUAUAAUAAGGAUGGUUUCAAAGAUGAUAACAAAUAUCCCAAUAUCAAUAGAUGGUAUAAGCUUAUUCUAUCUUUACCUGUGGUCAAGGCUGCAUUAACUGUAGUUGAGAAGAAUAGAAUUUCUGUUAAAGAAGGUUCGGCACAUAAUGGACUGCAAGUUAAUGAUGAAAAUAAAGCUAAGACUACAAGAAAGCAGGAAGGAAAAUUUAUAGAAUUACCUGGAGCAGAGAUGGGUAAAGUAGUAGUACGAUUUCCACCAGAAGCUAGUGGAUACUUACACAUUGGUCAUGCUAAAGCUGCACUUUUGAACCAAUAUUAUGCAGAUAAUUUUCAAGGGCAGCUUAUCAUGAGAUUUGAUGAUACCAAUCCUGCAAAAGAAAAUGUGGAAUUCGAGCAAGCUAUAUUAGAAGAUUUAAAGAUGUUAGAAAUAAAGCCUGAUCGCUUUACACACUCUUCUGAUUAUUUUGAUGUCAUGCUGGAAUAUUGCACUAAAUUAAUUAAGGAUAAUAAGGCAUUUGUUGAUGAUACUCCAGCACAUAUCAUGAAAGAACAACGUGAACAGAGAUUACCUUCAGCAAACAGAGAGAACACCAUUGAGAAAAAUUUGCAAUUAUGGGAGGAAAUGAAGAAGGGCAGUGAUAAAGGACAAGAAUGCUGUGUUAGAGCAAAAAUUGAUUUUCAAUCCACAAAUGGAUGUAUGCGUGAUCCAACUAUUUAUCGUUGCAAACCAGAACCACAUCCCCGCACUGGAACAAAAUACAAGGUUUAUCCAACUUACGAUUUUGCUUGCCCUAUUGUCGAUGCUAUCGAAGGUGUAACCCAUACUUUGCGUACAACAGAAUACCAUGAUCGAGACGUACAAUUUUACUGGUUAAUUGAAGCACUUGGAUUACGUCGUCCCCACAUAUGGGAAUACUCUAGGCUCAAUAUGACCAAUACAGUUCUCUCCAAAAGGAAGUUAACGUGGUUUGUAACUGAAGGAUUAGUAGAUGGAUGGGAUGAUCCACGUUUUCCAACAGUACGUGGCAUCUUACGUAGAGGAAUGACUGUUGAAGGGUUAAAGCAAUUCAUUAUCGCACAAGGCAGUUCUCGAUCUGUUGUAUUUAUGGAGUGGGACAAAAUUUGGGCUUUUAAUAAGAAAGUUAUUGAUCCAGUCGCAACAAGGUACACUGCUUUGGAAUUUGAUAAAACUGUUCCAGUUAAUGUACAAGGUGCAGUAGCUGAAUGGUUGACUGUACAAAAUCACCCGAAAGAUCCUUCUAAAGGCACUAAACAGAUACAAGUUGGACCCAAAAUCUUGAUCGAAAAAGAAGACGCAGAAUCUUUAGUAGAAGGACAGAAUGCAACAUUUAUUAAUUGGGGAAACCUUAUGAUAUGUAAAGUGAAGAAAGAAAAUAACGUCGUUGUUGGUGUAGAUGCCAAGCUAAAUAUAGAUGAUAAAAAUUACAAGAAUACGUUAAAAUUGACGUGGCUUUGUGCAGAUGGAAAAGAUGAAUCCAUUAAAAACAGCAGUGUCUUUACACCAUGUUAUACUGUAUAUUUUGAUCACAUUAUUAGCAAGCCUGUUCUUGGAAAGGAUGACGAUUUCAAAGACUUUAUUGCAAAAGAUACUAGGAGAGAGGUCAAAAUGUUGGGUGAAACUGCGCUGAAAAGAGUGGCGGAGGGUGAAAUAAUCCAACUCCAGAGAAAGGGCUUCUUCCGCUGUGAUGUGCCAUAUGCAAGUGCCAGUCUUUAUUCGGGAUGUGAGCAACCUCUUGUACUGUUUCAUAUACCUGAUGGUCAUACUGUAACUCCUACUGUCACCGGUCAGACUCCGGCAACUACUACAUCUACUGCAAAACAGUCAACUAAAGACGAACUUAAUUAUAACAUCGUGGAGUUAAAUGAGAAGAUCACGGUUCAAGGAAAUAAAAUACGCGACCUCAAGGCUUCAAAAGCAGAAAAAGCAGCUGUCGAGUCAGAAGUAAAAAUUCUUUUGGAUUUGAAAGCCCAGUACAAAGCAGCAACAGGAAGUGAUUGGAAACCGGGAGCGACACCUAAAUUACCUGAUGUAAAGAAACAAGAUAAUAGUUCGACAGUUUCAGGGUCAAAUGACGUAGAAGUAUUAAAUUCUCAAAUUAUUGAGCAAGGGGAUAAAGUCAGAAAAUUGAAAUCUGAGAAAGCUGGUAAAGCUACUAUUGAUCAGGAAGUAAAGAUCCUUUUGGAAUUAAAGAAUAAGUACAAAACUGCUACUGGAAAAGAUUGGAAACCUGACUUGCAGCCAAGUAAAAGUACAUCAAAUAAAAAUGAAACGGUCAAUCAUAUUGAUAUUUCCAAUCAAAUAAAGAAACAAGGAGAUACGGUCAGAGAGUUAAAAACAGCAAAGGCUGACAAAGCAACAAUAGAUCGUGAAGUUAAAGAGCUUUUGCGGUUAAAAGCUGAAUAUAAGUCAGUAACCGGUAGUGACUGGAAGCCGGAAGCAUCUCCUCCUAAAUCUGUAGCGGAUAAAACCACUGGUAUACAUGAAGAAAUUGUACGACAAGGUGAUAAAGUAAGACAGUUAAAAAGCGCAAAGGCAAAUAAAACUACUAUUGAACAAGAGGUAAAAGUUCUUUUGGAACUGAAGUCAAAAUAUAAAGAAGCAACUGGUGAAGAGUGGAAACCUUCCUCCACAAGUAACGCAAAAGAUAACAAAACUUCUGAAAGUUCCCCUGCUCCAGCUAAGAAAAACCCAAAGAAGGCAGAGAAAACUGUCAAAGAAACACCGGUUAAAGAUUCAGAUGGCGGUAAGACAGGAACCAGAUUAGGUCUCGAAGCUAAAAAGAAUGAAAAUCUUUCGGAAUGGUAUUCACAAGUCAUCACGAAAGGGGAAAUGAUUGAGUAUUAUGACGUGUCUGGGUGUUAUAUUUUGCGUCCGUGGAGUUUUGCAAUUUGGGACGUGAUCAAGGAUUUCAUCGACGACGAGAUAAAGAAGCUAGGGGUGCAGAACUGUUACUUUCCUAUUUUUGUCAGUCGAGCAGUGCUAGAAAGGGAGAAAGACCAUGUAGCAGAUUUUGCACCCGAAGUAGCAUGGGUUACAAAGAGUGGAGAUUCAGACCUAGCUGAACCAAUUGCCAUUCGUCCAACGUCGGAAACCGUGAUGUAUCCUGCUUACGCUAAAUGGUUAAAAUCUCAUCGAGACUUACCCUUAAAGCUGAAUCAGUGGAAUAACGUAGUGCGAUGGGAAUUCAAACAUCCUCAACCAUUCCUGCGAACAAGGGAAUUUUUAUGGCAAGAAGGCCAUUCAGCUUUUGCCACCAAGGCCGAAGCUGAUGAAGAGGUGUUAACAAUUCUGGAAAUAUAUGCCAAGAUCUACGAAGAAUUUUUAGCUGUCCCGGUAGUAAGAGGACGUAAAACGGAGAAAGAAAAGUUUGCAGGUGGUGAUUAUACUACUACGGUGGAGGCUUUUGUAUCAGCAAGCGGAAGAGGGAUACAAGGUGCGACGAGUCAUCACCUGGGGCAAAACUUUUCCAAAAUGUUUGACAUUCAGGUUGAAGGCGCUGAAGAGGGAGGAGAGAAAACGUUUGUCUACCAAAAUUCUUGGGGACUUACUACUCGAACGAUAGGAGUGAUGAUAAUGGUGCAUGGGGAUGAUAAAGGAUUGGUAUUACCACCAAAAGUAGCUGCCAUUCAAGCUGUUAUUGUACCCUGUGGUAUAACUGCAUCUACAACGCUUGAACAACGGCAGCAUCUUUUAUCGGAGUGUGCUAAACUCGAAAAAGAACUUAACAAAGAUGCUAUUCUAAGAAUCAAAGGAGAUUAUAGGGAGAAUUAUAGUCCUGGUUGGAAAUUUAACCAUUGGGAAUUAAAAGGUGUUCCAAUAAGAGUCGAGUUAGGGCCAAAAGAUCUAGAGAAAAAGCAAGUUACCUUUGUAAGAAGGGACACUUCUCAAAGAUUGACUACGAGUCGAAACGAUGUAUUUAAGAGCGCUUCCAAGUUGCUUCAAGAAAUACAAGAGAAUUUGUUGACUAGAGCUACAGCCGACUUAAAUAGUCAUAUCAUCGAAACAAAUGAUUGGAAUGAAUUUUGUACACAGUUGGAUUCUAAGAACAUGAUACUUUCUCCUUUCUGUGGAGAAAUCUCAUGUGAAGACACCAUAAAAGCCAGUAGCGUGAGAGAAGACGCCGGAGAAGAGCCUGGGGCUCCGUCGAUGGGGGCAAAGAGUUUAUGUAUACCGUUUGAGCAACCUAAAACGGCUAAGCAGUUACAUGACACAAAGUGCAUCAAUCCCAACUGCCUAAACAAGCCCAAAUUUUAUACUCUUUUUGGUCGCAGUUAUUGAACAAAGUUUAAACGGUGUUAUGCAACCUCAGGAUAAUUCUUUGUAAUGAAUAUCAACAUUAUCCACAUAAUUUAAUUUCAUUAAUAGAAGCUAUUGCAAUUUACCCUAAAUUACACUCAUUAAUCUUACAUGACAAGCAUAAAAUGGAAUCCAGUAGUAGCAUAAUACAUUUUGCAACCAUU